AUGAAUAGCAACAGUUUAGAUGAUGAGACAGAAGAUACUGUACUUCUGGGUACAAUUCUCAAAGUGCCAUUAAUAAUAGAGGAUGAGGAUACAUCACAAACAAUAAAAGCCACCAAUCUUUGGAUCCAUAUAUCGCGAGCAGAUCACGAACCAAGCAACAAUCCAAAUUUUAUAAAUAUCUCUUUGACUGCUAUUUACUCAGAUGGAUACUUUCAUAAAACAUUGACGUCAGAUAAUACACGACGAUUGUUCAGAAAGAAUGUUCCCAAUUUAAAUGUUGAAAGUGAUGUCAAUUUAUUCAAGUUACUUGGGAAUUUGUUUCCAUUGGAUUUAGAAAGUUUAAUCGAAAGUAAAGAGGCAGAAGGAUACCAUAAGAAACUAAAGAUAACAGCAAAGCUAGUUGCACAUAAAUCUGAUUAUGAUGAUAAGAAUGAAUUAUUGGAAGAUUCUGAUCCAAACACCAACCCGAUUACCAUAUCGAUCAAAACAGAUGCAAAAUUGGCCAUAACUGUGGGCACAUUUCAGUUACCACUGAUUGAGUUUGAGGAUCAUCCACAUUUAGCUGAAGAAGGAGAUUUGUUUAAUUGGAUAGAUUUAUAUCAUCUGCAGAAUGAGCAACUAGUGCACCAAUUGACUAGUCAAACGCGUGAUCUUGACGCGUUAAAGUUAGAGACUGAUCUGUUGGUGUUGUCCAAUAAGUCGAUUAAAUUAGAUUAUCAAAAGAUAAUUAAAGAUUUAGAAGAAAAAUUCUAUCAAGCUUUGAACACCAAAAAGGACAAAAUUUAUGAAUUACUUUAUGGGGAUGAUCAAUCAAAAGAUAAAAAACUUGUGGGGUUGAAUGCCACAUUUUUAGAGCGAGAAGGGAAAUUUAAUGAAAUUGACAAAGAUGCUAUAUCUGAUGAUAUCAGUGGCUCAUCAUUUCUCAGUGGUAAUAAAAGAAAGAGAUCUAAAGGAAGUCUACUUUCUAGAAAGAAAAAGAAAACAAAGAAUGUUGUGGUGGAAGAAAGUACAAGUGAAGAUGACUUGAAGUUAAAAGUUGAAGCUGGAACGACAGAAGGGUCGCCUUCUAACGGGAAAUCUUAUUACGACAAUGAAAAGAGUGAUGACCAAAAUCGUGUUCAUUUAAAGCAGGAGCCAGGCGUUGCGGAAUCUCCUGUAUUGAAAAGUGAUUUGUAUAAUGAUAAAGAGAGCGGGCUCUCGAUAUCUAGUCUGGGCUCGUUUAUUGAAGAUUCGUUAGCGAAAUCGAACAAAUCCCAAAAAUUGGUCUCCCCAGAAGAUAGUGCCAAAGAGGAUACCGAAUAUAGUGGCAGCGACCUUGAGGGUGUUGAAGCGGGAGAAGGUACGCGAGAGGAAGAGACAGACUACAGUGAUGACACUGAUGCAGAUGAAGAAGAGCCAAAGGUAGACUCACCUGGAAAUUAUGACAAACCGGAGCCUACUAGAUCAGUUGAACUCAAAGAUAGUUCUGAAGAAUCUAAUGAAAUAAAAGAUAGUCUCGCUGAUACCUUCCAGAUAGAUUCUGUUGUCCCAGCUGGUGCGCUGAAGAAUGAUGCCGAUGAAACGGAUUAUAGUGAUAGUGAAGAUGAGUCUGGUAACAAAGUUGAACCAAUCAAAGAAGACCAAGUGGAUAAAGGUUUAGAAACUGAUUAUAGUGAUGACUCUGAGUGA